AUGACUACAUACUUAUCUCAAUGUAAACCUAGAGAAAUUAGAAAGGUACGUGCAUUGUAUGAUUUUGAAGCAGCCGAAGAUAAUGAAUUAACAUUUAAAAGUGGAGAAUUAAUCAGUGUUUUGGAUGAUAGUGAUCCUAAUUGGUGGAAAGGGUAUAAUCAUAGAGGUGAAGGGUUAUUUCCUGCUAAUUUUGUUACAGCUGAUUUAACAGUUGAACCUGAAGAUAGUAAACCAGAGAAAAAGACCGUGCAAUUUAAUGAAGAAGUACAAGUAAAAACAUUAGAAUUAACACCAGAAGAGGUGGUCAUAGAUGAGAAUAAAAUAGAUGAAGUAUUAACAUUGAUACAGAAUGCUGAUCCUACAGGAGAAAGAGAACCUGAUUCAGCGGAAAUGUUGGCAUUAGAAGAACAAUGUAAACAGAUGGGACCAUUGAUAGAUACAGAAUUAGAAAAAAUAGAUAAGAAACAUGCAGAUUUAGUAGAUUUAAAUAAGAAAGUAAUAGAUGCGUUACAGAUGUAUCAUCAACUGAUGAAAGAACAACCGUAUGGUGUAUACCAGAAAAAUACACCCGUUUAUUCUGGUGGACCUGGUAUGAUGGUUCAACCACCUUCAACACAGCAUGUGUAUAAUGGAGGCCCACAAUAUGUUCCACCUGGCAUGAACACACAACAACCAGGAGCAAUACCACCACAUAUGGCUGGUCAGAUGGGUGUGGCACCUCAAUCCAUGCCCCAAGCAAUGGGAGGAGCACCGUCAAACAUGGGGCCCCAAGAAAGUUUUACAAACAUAAAUUCUAGUCAAGGUUAUACAAGCAUUCCUAAUCAAAUUCAUCAGACAACGUACGCUAAUGUCCCAAACAUGUCUUUACCGCAAAAUAUUCAACAAAAUGGCGGUCCCGGUGGUAUGUCAAUGGGUUAUAAUAUGGCCCCACCUAGCAUGAUUUCACAAGCACCGGUUUAUCAGUCUGCACAACAGCCAUUGUUGUGAAUUAUUUACACGCAAACUUUUAUUAUUAUAUGUGAUAUAUGUAAAAUAAUAUUAAUAUGACACAAAUUAAGGCCACACCAAUUUGAAGUUUUGUUUUUCGCCCAGGCCUGGAAAUACGGUUAAAAACACAGGCCUGGAAGUAUGGGUAAUAACACAGGCCUGGAAAUACGGUUUAAACCACAGGCCUGGAAAUAUAGUCAAAAACACAGGACUGGUAAUACAGUUAAAAACACAGGCCUGGUAAUAGGGUUAAAAACACAGGCCUGGUAAUAUGGUUAAAAACACUGGCCUGGAAGUAUGGUUAAUAACACUGGCCUGGAAAUACGGUUUAAAACACAGGCCUGGAAAUAUAGUCAAAAACACAGGCCUGGUAAUACAGUUAGAAACACAGGCCUGGAAAUGCAGUUAGAAACACAGGCCUGAAAAUAACAGUGUUAUGCAAGAGCUAAAUCUGCCUACAGUUCACUUUUUAAUAGGAGAUUUGAGUGGCUAUUGAUUUAUCCGAUACCUUGAAGAACUAAUAUUUAAAUUGGUUUGGUCUGAACAAAUAUAACAUCAUGUUUUUCUAUACACGUACGUUUAAUAUGAACAGAUAGAGUUGUCUCCCCUUGUCUGUCUACGUUAACAGAAGUUUACAAAGCUUAUUAUGUUUUAAUUUCCACACCAUUUUGGAUGAAUGUGUAAAUGAUUUAAAUUUUGCCCCAAACUUGUUUUGUUUUUUUCUAAAAAAAAAAAAAUAAAGAAAAAAGAAUCCUUAAUAUAUUUUAACCCUUCAGAAUCUGAUACAUGUAAAUAGAUAAACUCAAAGUCAUGUUUUUUUUUUCUUUACAUUGAGUUUCGUAGCUGAUUUUUUAAACUCCAUGAAUUACAAAAUGUGUGUUAAAUAGUUUUAUUUAAUGUCCAUUUCCACUGAAGUGAUAUCACCAACAGUUACAUUAUUAUGUGAUACUAACGGACGACCUGGCGCUGCACGGGUUGAAAGUAGUAGAAGUCCGAAACCGGACGCGGUCGUUCAUCACCAGUGGGCCUAUGUUACUCCCGGAUUCGAGCUACCCUCUUCAUAGUGAUAUCACCAAUAGUUACAUUAUUAUAAUAUACUAAUCGAUGACCUGGCGCUACACGGGUUGAAAGUAGUAUAAGUCCGAAACCGAACACAGUCAUCCAUCACCAGGGGGCCUAUGUUACUCCCCGAUCUGAGCUACCUCUAUACAUCAAAUUUCAGCCUCGGGGGACAGCCCUAGUGUAGCAACCAACCCUGAACAAACCAAUAAAUUACAGUCACAAAUAUUAGUAUAGAUAAAGUAAAUUUGACCCGGUGCCUGUUUCACGAAAUUUUAACUUAAGAUAAAAUCCAAAUUUUAGUAAAUACUUCAAUUUUGAUUGGCUAAGCACUAAAAUCAAUCUAAUAUUUUCCAAUCAAAUUACUUAAAUUUGGAUUUUAGUUAAAAUUGUAGUUAAAAUAACGUGAACAAUUUUGAGUAAAUUCUUAACUUAAGUCUGAGAAUGUUUUGUGAAACAGGGGCCCAAACAAGCAGUGGUUUCAAAUGGUCUUGGUCAGUCCAAGUCGUCUUGGGUCAGUCCAAGUGCUGGGGG